AUGGGCAACUACAUUGUGUUUGCCAAUCGGUGCGUCGGCUUUAAACUGACUAGAGAGCAGAGGAUGCAGCUGCCUUGUACGGAUUUGUGCCCCAAAGGACUGUUUUUUAAUUGCACCUUGGUUCCUCAGAAGACGAUGAGGUCAUUCAAGAAGGUCUCCUCAGGCCCAGCAGGGGCGAGUAAAGGUGGAGACGAGCCCGGGAAGUUGCCGGAGCAGGAAGAGGAGGAAUCCCAGGUUUUGCACGGAACAGGCCAUUGCAAGUGGUUCAAUGUGCGAAUGGGAUUCGGGUUCAUCUCCAUGAUCAACCGGGAAGGAAACCCUUUGGAGUCUCCAGUUGAUGUUUUUGUACACCAAAGCAAGCUUUACAUGGAAGGAUUUAGAAGCCUAAAGGAAGGCGAACCAGUGGAAUUUACUUUUAAGAAAUCUUCCAAAGGCCUUGAAUCAAUACGGGUAACAGGCCCUGGUGGGAGCCCCUGUUUAGGAAGUGAGAGACGACCCAAAGGGAAGACAGUACAGAAAAGAAAACCAAAGGGAGAUAGAUGCUACAACUGUGGUGGCCUUGAUCAUCAUGCUAAGGAAUGUAGUUUACCUCCACAGCCAAAGAAGUGCCAUUACUGUCAGAGCAUCAUGCACAUGGUGGCUAACUGCCCUCAUAAAACUGUUUCACAACAGCCCACUAGUUCUCAGGGAAGAUAUGAAGCAGAACCACAGCCUUCCACUUCUGCUUUCCUGAGAGAAGGGGGAGGGGCUUACUGCCAUUCAUCUCCAUCAUAUUCUCAGGAGGGAAGGUCAGAGAUCUUAGAACGUUCAGGCAGGUCACCACAAGAAGCUUCCUCCAGUAAGUUAUCUGCAUCACCUGAAGAACAAAGCAGAAAGGGGCCUUCUGUUCAAAAAAGGAAAAAAACUUAG